UUAACCAGACUGCUGAGUAUAAUUCAGACUUCACAGAUUUGAUCCAAACUCCAGACGGAUAAAGAAACACGCAGGAUGGGUGUUCAGGUCAUGUUCAUUGUCCUUUUCAUGUUUUUAGCCACAGUGGAAUCUCAAAAAGGAGGAAUCUCAUUCUGGAGAGACCAGGUUACACUGACCUGUCCAGAAAACGGAACAUGGACAAAUAACAAGGAAAAUGAAAAUGCUUUAGGAUCUGGUAAAACUUAUGAAUUCCACUUUAAAGGCCAGUCCCAACAUUAUUGUGAAUAUGACAAUGAUGAAGGGGGGAAGACAAAAUACUACUUCUUCGUAAAAGGGAAGGCCUGUAAAAACUGCUUUGAGGUGGAUGGAUUCCUGUUCAUGCUGGUGAUUCUCGUGGAUGUGAUCGGGACUGCAGUGGUGAUGAGGAUAAUCUACGUUUGCACCAAGAAGAAACACACAAAUGUACCGCUUCAAACCUCAAGAGCACGUAGAACCCGGCUUCAAGGGGACCAAUCUUCUGCCUAUGAGUCACUGAACUCCAACACUCAAAAAACGGAAACUUACUCCACUCUGGUGCACAGGACAGGGUAGAUGUCCAUCAUCAGGAAGGUCAGAAGAAGGCAAACAUUUAUAAACUGAUAGCAUGAAAUAGCAAGGAAUUACCAGGCAUUAUAUUAGAUUUAACUUCAUUAAAACUGAACAUUGUAAAAUUAGUUUAAAACGAUUUGUAAUCAUUUGUGUUUUUUAAUGUUAAAUUGCGCAGCUGUUCAAAAAUUGUGCAGAAAACGAGUGGUAGAAUUUCAAAAGCAGGGCUGAAAGUAAAAAUAUCUAAUUUGUUCAUGCAUAUGUAAUUUAUUCUAUGUAUUUCUGUACUUAGUUUUGCGAUAGACAAAUAAGUGGAUAGAGACGAGUCAUUUUGCAGACAUUUUCUACUUUUCAAUGCUGUGAAACAAAAGCUAGCAAACCACUUAGAUAGUAAGCGUGGUACAGAGGAAUCCUUCAAAGAAAACUAAUUUCUUUUAUUAAGGAUGAUGUUUAAACUGUUUGAUUGAAAUAUUAUUUUCCUUUUUAUUUUGACUUUGAAUUGCAACUCAGUAUAUUUUAUAAUUCAUAGCUAUGUAACAUAUCUUUUCAUGGCUUCACAAUAUCAUUGCUUGUAAUCUGUGUAAAA